GUUCGGUUGGCUGAAUAUCUGCAAAACGUGAAACAGUAUUAAGCCUCUCAUGUAUCAUUCUGUGAGGUCCAGUUUGGUAUGUGGAGGCUGGUGCUGGUUUAAGAACGCUAAACGGUAACUCUCCAUGGCCUUAGCUGAUAACCUUUUGAGAUGGAAAGUGUUAAUCAACGAAAUGUUCAACAAGUGCAUUUGAAUUUACUGCAUUGUGUUUCACUGACAUAUUCCCCAUAUUGUACAUCCACAGUUGAUAGAAAACUUUUAUAAUACAAUUGGAAACUUUCUACACAUUCGAUUAACAUUGCAAUCUUCAUACAAUCAUUUUCUUUCUUGAUAUGGCGUCGUUAGGUCUUGAGAGUUUCAACCAUAGCAGCAUGAUAUGCACGUUCGUGUGUACAGAAUGAGCCGUAAUACUCUAACCGAACCAGUUCUCAGCCACACGGUGUCACUGGCGAUCUGCGGAUAACAUUAGUUGCUCGGUAUUAUGAGGCUCCUCCUUAUUUUCGGAAGGGUGUGUGACACGACAGUCGGCUUUGUUCAGUUACGGAGAAAAUGCUUCGACGGUGGUCAUCAUUACUUCCGUGAAAACGUUUAUUUCGAAAUGCGCAAACACUUUCUUCACCUACAUCAAACUAUAGUCAUUACGGAAUAUGGCUUGGAAAGGCAUCCUGUGGAUUUCUGUAAUAAUUUGCUUGUGGAAUGUUGUGUGGGGGCAGACUGUUUAUUCAGUUUCGGAGGAGACGAGCACCGGCACCGCAGUUGGAAAUCUUGCAAAGGAUUUGAAUCUGGAUGUGAAUGAACUAGAGCCUCGUGGAUUUGAGAUAGUCUCUGGGACCAACAAGAGGUAUUUCGACGUGAAUGUGAAAACUGGAGUUCUUCAUGUUAAAGAUAGAAUUGACAGGGAAGGGCUAUGUGGACGAAGCUUAAAAUGCUCAUUGGAACUGGAAGCCAUUCUUAACUCACCGCUGAAUAUGUAUCGCUUCGAGGUAGACAUUUUAGAUAUCAACGAUAACGCGCCAGCUUUUCGCACAUCAUCUUUGUCCAUAAACAUUUCAGAAUCAGCCUUUCCAGGGCAGAGGUUUACAUUGCCUCGUGCCUAUGAUGCGGAUGUGAGUAGUAACUCGGUGAAGACCUACAAGCUGAGCCCGAAUGAACACUUCUCGUUAGACGUGCAGAGUGGGGGUGACAGUGUGUCUGCAGAAUUAGUGCUGCAGAAAGCUGUAGACCGAGAAAAGCAGAAUUUGAUAAAACUCACAUUAACCGCAAUUGAUGGUGGAAAACCCUCCAAAUCAGGGUCAAUGAAUAUGGUUGUGAAUGUUAUAGAUGUAAAUGACAAUGUCCCCAUGUUCAGUAAACAGCUUUAUAAAACCAAAGUCACCGAGAAUGCACCUAUUGGUACAUCAGUGAUUACGGUCCAUGCUACAGAUUUAGACGAGGGCUUAAAUGGCGAAAUCAUGUAUUCUUUUAUAAAUCACGACGAUGACAAUAAUAUUGAUGCUUUUGAAAUCAAUAAGUCGACUGGGGAAAUCACAGUACAUGGGGAAGUAGACUUUGAGAAAAAUAAUGCAAUUGAAAUUCACGUGAAAGCAGAGGACAAAGGCUCCAGCCCAAGAGUAUCGCAUUGUAAAGUUCUGGUAGAAAUAGUGGAUGUUAACGACAAUCCGCCCGUUAUAUCAAUAACGUCUUUAGCUGACCAAGUAAAGGAGGAUGCUAAGGCGGACACUAUGGUUGGCCUGAUAACUGUAAUAGAUGGCGAUGCUGGCCAAAAUGGUGCUGUAAAGCUUAGUCUCCUAGAGUCGGUUCCGUUUAGAAUACAAAACACAUACAAAAACAAAUACGCGUUGGUUGUGGAUGGGCCGCUGGACAGAGAGCGAGUAUCUCAGUACGACAUCAGCGUGCAAGCUACAGAUGAAGGGAGUCCGCCUCUCUCUAGCACCAGCCGUAUUACUGUCCAUAUAUCUGAUGUUAACGACAAUGCCCCUGGCUUUCUGGAGCCUGUUAUUAAUGUUUAUGUAAAAGAAAACAGUGGCGCUGGUGCUGUGAUUUUUACAGUUUCUGCUUUUGACCCGGAUAUGAAUGAUAAUGCCAAAAUAACUUAUACAUACCUGGAAGCCUCGGGAAAAGGCUUCCCUGUUACGUCUGCUGUGAACAUAAAUUCGGACAGUGGUGAGAUUUAUGCCCUUCAGUCUUUCAAUUACGAGGAAAUUAAAUCCUUUACCUUCAAAGUUCAGGCCACAGACUCUGGUUCACCCCCACUUAGCAACAAUGUUACCGUGAAUGUAUUUGUUCUGGAUGAGAAUGACAAUAGUCCCGUGGUCCUUCCACCAUAUUCUGAGCAUGGAUCAGUAAACACUGAAAAUAUUCCUUAUUCUGCGGAAGCUGGAUACUUUGUGUCCAAAAUCAGAGCUGUGGAUGCAGACUCUGGAUAUAACGCGCUGCUUUCUUAUCACAUCUCUGAACCCAAAGGAAACAAUCUCUUUCGAAUCGGAACGAGCAGCGGGGAAAUCAGGACUAAGAGGCGAAUGAGUGAUAGUGACCUUAAAACUCACCCCUUGGUCAUUCUGGUUUCUGAUCAUGGAGAGCCUUCAUUGUCAGCGACUGUCUCCAUUGAUGUUGUUGUUUUGGAAAACGCAGAUGAACUAAAGACUCAAUUUAGACAUGUUCCUGCAAAGGACGACACAUUUUCCGACAUAAAUCUUUAUUUGUUGGUUGCUAUAAUUUCAGUAUCAGUCAUAUUUGUACUGAGUCUCAUCAGCUUGAUAGCUGUAAAGUGCCACAGGACAGACAACAGUUUCAGUGACUAUAACCCCCCAAUGAUCACCACACAUCCUGAUGGAACCUGGUCUUACUCCAAAUCUACACAGCAGUAUGACGUCUGUUUUAGCUCCGACACACUGAAGAGUGACGUGGUAGUUUUCCCAGCUCCAUAUCCGCCGGCAGAUGCAGAACUUAUCAGUAUUAAUGGAGGAGACACUUAUAAUCGGACACAAACACUCCCUAAUAAAGAAAAGGUAAGACUGAAAAUAUGCAGUUGUGCAUAAGUUUUGAUCUUGAUAGUUGUUGAAUGUCUCUUUUUCACAUUUGAUGGCAUAUGAAAUUAAUGUAUUUUAAGUAAUUACAUGGUUUUAGCAGUUCCGUGUGAAGUCUCUGUUGCUAUUUGGCGAUAGAAUAAGUGUGCGGUUGUCUCUGUAUUUAAAGCAGAUUUUUCAUGCAUCGAAUAAUGCAAACCAAGGGCUACUGUCCAUGGUGCUGGACUUGUACGCUUUUGGUAUUAGCAUGUAUGGAAGCAUGCUAACACAGGCAUUUUUGCACAUUUAUCCUGUGAUCAACGCUUCAUAUAGUACAUAUAUGUUAUUAACAAAUGUUCAUUUGGCAGGGUAAUAGUUCGCUUUGCUAAUAUUCCAAUAUUUAUAGAGCAGUAAUGGGUGGGCUGUCAGAACCUGUGGAAUUGGAGAAACAUGGGUGCGUUUUGCUUCAUCUGACACAUAUUAUUUCAACUGAAAAAGUUUGAAUGGUGUCCACAUGGUGUCACCAGCGACCCGCUGUGUAAUUUUCGCCUAGUUGUUUCCCGAAGCUCCUCCUCACUUGGGAGGAGUGUCCAUGUACUGACAGAAGGCUUUGUUCGGGAGAUACGUAAAGAUAAAGCUCGGAUGUGCAGCUACGCGAAUGAGUGUUUGGCUAAAAUUAUUCACAGCAAUGCG